UAUCUCUAUGACAUAACCUCUUUUCAAAAUACAGUGCUGCUGCCUGCUGAAGAUUUGCUGUUUCCAAGUUGGAAUUUUUCGAUAAAGAUUCAAAAAUGAAAAAAAAGCGAGUGUCGAAAAGAAAUAAAAUCUCAUGGCGUAAACAUGUGAACAUUGAUGAUGUCGAAGAAUUCUUGGAAAAUAAAAGGUUUGAAGAGAAGUUUGGACUGAAAGCCUUGAAUGAAGAAUCAUUUACAAAAGAUACGGAGGAUACGACAGAUUUUCUGUCGAAGAAGGAAAAGGUGAGAUUGAGAUUGGCAGAUCCAAAAUGUUUUAGAAUUCUCAAACCACAUACAAAUGUCCCUGAUCCAUUAGUCAAAAGAAACAGAGUUCGAAGUAAAGUAGAUAGAAGUAGCAACUUUGUUAAAUUGAAAGAAGAAGAAAGGAAAACUAAAGGCAUUCUCAAAGCAAAAGAAGUAGAUUCUAUCAAAGGGAAACAAUAUUAUGAAAAAUGCAAACUGCAGCGACCUAAGAGGGGACAAUUCGAGUCAGAUGCUUGGGAUGUAACUGAAGAGAAAUCACUUGGUGAAUGGAUCGAAGAAGAUACUGCAAUACAUAAUUUACGGCAAACUGGUGCUUAUUUGUUCAAGGUUACACCCACUGUGCAGAAGAAAACUAGUGUUUUACCUACAGUUGAACCACCACAUCCUGGUACAUCUUAUAAUCCAUCAUUCGAGGAUCAUCAGGAUCUUUUGAGACAAAUAGCAGAAAAAGAAGAAGAUUUGAUUAAAAGGGAUAAACAUUUGAAUCGUGUUACUAAGAAUAUUUUGAAGAAGGUAGCUAUAGGUAAAGGAGAUAAAUCUUGGAUUGAGGAAAUGUCCCAAGGAUUGCCCAUUGCAAGUACUAAUCAAAAUGAAGAAGAGGAUGUUGUUAGUGAUAGUGAAUACAGAGCAAUCAAUCCACCUACGAAAAAUAAGAAAAAAACGAUUAAGCAAAGAAAAACGCAAAAAAGACUACUCUUGGAAGAAAGGUUAAGGAAAUUGGCUAAAAUAGAGAAAAAAAAGAUUGUAGAGUUGAACAGCCUGAAAGCUUUAGAGAGGUAUGUCAAAAAACGAGAGAAUGAAAUAUCAAAAAAUAAAGAGAAAAGGGAAGAAUAUCAGAAAAUGAAAGAAAAGCUGCCUAAAAGGUUAGGUUUCCAUAAGUUUGAAGAAAAUGAUUUGGAAUUUAAUAUGCCAUCUGAAAUCACUGGAUCAUUGAGGGGUAUCAAGAAACAAUCUAGUUUGUUACUUGAUAGGUUCAUGAAUUUACAAAAAAGAAAUCUAGUGGCACCAUCAGUUAAAAUUCAAGCUAAGAGAGCUAAGAUUAAACGUUUCGUUAAACCUGGUCACAAAGACGACUGGAAAAAAAGUGUGGCUGGCUUGACUUCUUGAGCAGGUUCACAAGAAUUAUAUAAUUAAAUAUUCUGUGGGAGAUCGAUUUUUGUUGUUGAAUAUAUCUAUACAAUAAACACUAGUAAAUCCUU